UGGCUUUCCCCGAUAUCCAGGCAGGUCGUCGGUGCGGCCGCGGAGCGUCCCGAGGCGCCUCCGGGCGGGCUGUGGGCGGAGCAGGAGGAGGAGGAAGGGGAGGCCGUCCGGCGGGGAAGGGGGCGGCGUCGCCCCGCCUGCGCCCCGCCUGACUCCGGCGCCACGUCUCGGAGGAGGAAGGGCGCCUCGGGCCGAGCCGAGCCGGGCAGCGACUCUUAAAUGAUUUCCAGAAGUUCUUCAGUCGUCCGUCAAGUGGGCUGGAACUAAACCAAAUUGCUUGUGGCUGGGAAGGAAUUGGUGCAGAAGCCCCCUAACAAUGUGCAGGCUGUUUGGGGGGCUCCUAGCGGUAUUGAUGGAGAAAAAGUGGACUCUGUAGGUUCGCUUGGAAAGUUUUCCGCCGGGGAAAUAUUUUCCUUGGACCGUAUCUCCCAUCAGCCAUGGACUCCUCAGUGGUCAUUCAGGAAGCCAGCCAUGGUAACCUGGGCAGUUCUGAACCCCAACCAGACCCGGAGGUCAAAUCGACGAUGGAAGGAGAGGAUCUUAACUUGUUUCGUGUAAAUAACGGCCGAGGGUCAACCGAAGGGGACACCUCAGCCCUCAAGAGCACCCAAGAACCUUGCGCAAACGGACCGACGUCUUACGACCCCGAACAGCCUGUGCCUCUGGGCCCCACCGAAAGCUCCCGGGUGAAAGAACCCGCUUCAGGUGUGCCUGGUUUCCGUGAGCACCUAAAGGCGUCUCGGGGUGAUAGUGAUGAGAGCUUAACUCUUAGGAAGGACGCCCUGCAGUCUCUCAAACUAAGCCUCCCUUUGCAAGAAACUGAAUUGUGCUCAGCCGAUGCUCCUCUCCCGCUGGAGAAGGAAGAAGUGAUCCGACUUCAGGCCCGGAAGCGCUUGGAAGAGCAGCUGAAGCAGUAUCGCGUCAAGAGGCAUCAGGAGAGACUGUUUACAGCUAAAAGCCGCCCCUCCAGCACCCUGGAUCCUGAGCUGAUGUGGAAUCCGGAGAUCUUACCAAGGGCCAGCACUGUGGCGAUGACCAAAGAAUACUCCUUUUUGCGAACCAGCGUCCCACGAGGACCGAAAGUGGGCAGCUUGGGCCUCCCAGCUUCCUGGAAAGAGAAAAAAAGUUCCAAAUCUUCCCGUACAAGCCGGAUUCGGUCGCUGGCAGAUUAUCGAACGGAAAACCCAGACGGAAGUGCCGGCGGGACCAUGCCGGUGGCCGAUUGCUCGGGCGGAUCUCUGAAGCCGAACUCCAACAGCCUGACCUCGGUGGUGUCUUCCAUCAGUCUGAGCCCCGAUUCAGACGACCGGCUGGAAGCUUUGUCCUUGACGGGAGACAGCCUGUCAGAGGUGGAUGGCAGCGAAGCGGGGAUGAGGCUGGACGGCAACGAAAGCGACAGCUCGACCUACAGUAGCGUAUCGGGAAGGGGCCUCGCUUCCUUCAGCCCCCGAAGCAAGCCGGGUAUGGCCUUCGCCGUCAACGGGCAGGAGGUCCCGUUGGAUGCUGUUGGGCAGUUCCCUUCCAUCAAGGAGGUAUUGCAGGCUGCGGCAACAGAGCAACGGGCUCAAGACCAGGAAGUCAACGGGGAAGCCAGAAGCCGGCGGGACAGUAUUUCGAGCAGCAUAUCCAUGGAAAGUUCAGUCACAGGAACCCAUGAUGAGCUUCUUCAAGUCCUCAAAGAGAAGAUGAGGCUCGAAGGACAAUUGGAGGCACUGUCAUUAGAAGCCAAUGAGGCCCUCAAAGAAAAAGCAGAAUUGCAAGCCCAGCUGGCUGCGGUCCAGAUGAAACUCCAAACCCUCAUGGAACAUUCAGAGACCAGCCAGCAGAAACAGGACUCCCUCAAUUCAGAGGUGGCUACCUUGAAGCAGUCCUGCUGGGAGCUGGAGCGUGCCAUGGCUGAGUUACAAACCACCUUGGAGGCCAAGAAUGCUGGCUUGGUUGCUUCCCACAAUGACCUGCAGUUGGCGGAAGAACAGUACCAGAGGCUGAUGGGGAAGGUGGAGGACUUGCAGAAAAAUGUCCUCGGCAAGGAUAGCAUGGUUCAUGAUCUCCGGCAGCAGCUCUCCUCAUUACAAAGCCAACUCCAGCAAGUGGAGCUGGACCGCACGUCCUUGACCGGUAAGCUGAAGUCAUCACAGGCAGAGAUCUCAUCCCUUCAGAAAGUUCGGCAUUGGUACCAACAACAGUUGACUGUGGCUCAACAAGCAAGGAUUCGUCUGCAGAGCGAUAUGGCCAACAUAAAGGCUGGACAGAUGACUCAAGUUGGCCUGUUGGAACAUCUGAAGUUAGAGAACGUAACCCUGUCUCAUCAAUUAACGGAGACGCAGCAUAGAUCGAUCAAAGAGAAGGAACGCAUCGCUGCGCAGCUGCAAAACAUUGAGGCCGACAUGUUAGACCAGGAAGCAGCCUUUCUGCAGAUCCAGGAGGCUAAGGGUAUGGUAGAAGACGACUUGCAGAGGAAGCUGGAGGAAUUUGAGGAAGAGAAAGAACAGCUUCAGAAGAUGGCUGAUUCAGCGGCAGCGUUGGAGCAGGAGCUAGAAAAGGUCAAGCUAACGCUUCAACAGCGAGAUGUUCAGGUGGAGACUCUGCAGCAGGAGCAGCUGGACCUCAUGAGACAAUUGACCUCCACCCAAGAGACGUUACAGACCCGAGACCAAACCGUGGGGGAGCUUCAGGUGCGCUACGACGAACUGGAGGCCAGGUUGGCUGAACUGCAAGGAGAGGCUGCCUCGAAGGACGACUCCAUCCGCUAUUUGCAGAACGAGAAGAUCGUCUUGGAAGUUGCCCUGCAGGUGGCAAAGGCGGGGCAAGAAGGACUCGAAGAGUCCAUCCAGCAUUUGGGAGGCCACACCAAGGAGGCCUCAGAUGUUCUGGACCAGCUCAAGCAAGAAAUAGCCAUCAAAUCAAGUCAGGUGGAAAACUUACAACAGGAAAGUGCACACCUGAAGAAGCAAACCCAGAGAGUGAAGGAACAGUAUCUUCAACAGAAGGUGAUGGUGGAAGCCUACCGCCGAGACGCACUUUCCAAAGACCAGCUCAUCAGUGAACUGAAGUCCACAAAGAAGAAGCUGGAUGCAGAAAUCAAAGAGCUAAAGCAGCAAUUCCUUCAGCUUCAGGGUGAGAAGAGAUCCACGGAGCUGGAGAACUCCAAGCUAGCAAAGGAACUGACACGGAUUCAGCAGGGGAUGCAGGAACUGGAGAGCCAGCUCCAGCUGGCCCAGAAAGAACGAAACGACCUGGAGGCGGAGCUGCAGUCUUCGAGGUUCGACCAAGAACAGAUGUCAGCUCUGGUCAAAGUCAACGAAGACUUAAAGCAGCAGGUCGACGAAAUGCAACAAGAAACAAAGAUGGCCAUAACCGAGCAGAAGCAGAAAAUGAAGAGGUUGGGUUCCGAUCUGAGCACGGCCCAGAAGGAGAUGAAAGCCAAGCACAAAGCUUACGAGAACGCCGUCGGCGUCCUCAGCCGGCGCCUUCAGGAGGCCCUGGCCGCCAAGGAGUCGUCCGAAGCUGAACUGAACGAACUCAAGGCCCAGUUCUCCGAGAGCAAAAAUAACCAAGCUAGCCUAGAAAGGAUACGGACUCUGGAGGCGGAAUUGCAGUCUCUCACCCACAGCAAGAUGGUUCUGGAGAAGGAGCUUCAAGAAGUCAUCUCGGUCACCAGCCAAGAACUGGAAGAGUACCGAGAGAAGGUCCUUGAGCUUGAAGAUGAGCUUCAAGAAGCGAGGGGCUUCCGGAGGAAGAUCAAGCGCCUGGAAGAGGCCAACAAGAAGCUUUCGCUGGAACUGGAACACGAGCGUGGAAAGUUCACCGGCCUGAGCCAGUCCAACGCAGCUCUGCGAGAGCACAACCGCAUCCUCGAAGUGGCUCUAGCCAAGAGAGAGGCGGAUCUGGUGCAGUUGAAUCUCCAGAAGAAACUCAAGGGGGAGACCGGUUCAAAUCCGGUGACCCCAGUGAAGAUUCCUGAUUGUCCUGUCCCUGCUGCUUUGCUAGAAGAGCUGCUGAAACCUCCAUCGGCGGUGAGUAAAGAGCCACUGAGGAACCUCAACAGCUGCCUCCAGCAACUCCGGCAAGAGAUGGACAGCCUGCAGCGUCAAAUGGAAGAGCACACUGUGACGGUCCACGAAUCGAUGUCUUCCUGGACGCAGAUCGAAGGCCAGUUGACAGACCUCACUACUAAUCUUUCUGUAACUCUGUUAGCCAAUGAGAGUCUUCCUCACAGAGACCUCCAAGAUCAUAAGCCAAACACGGACGUCCAGGAAGAGGUGACCCAGUGAUCCCAAGGCCCACGGAUUUCCAUCAGAACUGCUUUAAGUAUGUUUAAAAAAAAAGAGAGAGAGAGAAGUAUUUAUCAAAACCCUAUUUAUAUUUUGUUCUUAAACCUUUUAGAGUCUUCAGUCUACGGUUCGUUUUAGCAAACGGGAAAUUUUUUUUUGAAGGCCGUAGCUUGAUCAGACAAGCAAAAAUAGAGAUGGUGGGCUGGAAAGGAUGCGAGGUUUGCUGUAUUAAACUUUUGAGAACUAAGGAUUUGGAUUAGGAUGGCUGCAGAAAGAAGACAAAACAGGGUCCCUUUUAGUUUCCACUUUUUUGGGAAUUUUGUGACUGUUAAUGGAUACUCCACCAAAUCCAGUAUUUUUUAAUUAUGGUAUCUUUUGAUUCAUAUUUCAACACAUCAAGCAACCAAAUUGCUCAUCGCGAAACCACAGUGAAGCUGUUUAUCCAAUGGCACCAGUUGGCUCCUAAGCAAAUAAUUUCCCAGUAAAAUGUUUGGAUUCCUCUUCUGACAGAUGCUGUUUGCACAUUUUUCGUUGUUGUUUCUCUUUGCAGACAUCUGCAGGAUGGAGUUGUGGGUGAGGUUACUUUGUUCUGGAGCCUCUUACAUAUAUAUGGAUUCUUCUAUAGAUUAUAAAGCACCUGGGUCGGGUUUUUUUUUUGUCUUACUAAAGGUGAUUUGUUAAGUUUUUGGUGUCCUGCAAAACAUGGUGUGGAUAUGGGCCUGAGAAAGCUAAAACCAGAGCUUUUUAGACAUUUAAUUCACUUAUUUAUCUUUCAAAGAGAAAUGUUCUAUUCUGCCUAUAAAAUCCUAGUUUCUUAGCUUUAAUUCCAUCCUCUACCCCAUGGCUUCCUCCUGAGACUUAACCAGGAGCCAGAAUUCAUGUACUGUGUUUUUUUUUUUUUUGCGAAUGCAUCUUCAUUUAUAAUUCAUCGGUUGAAAUAAUAUAGUUUCUUUAAAUUGUUUCUCGACAACUGACAGCACCUUUUUGUGCUCUGGGUGGAAAGACAGGAUUUUUUACCCUGGCCAAAUUGUACUGUAGGAUAUGCUAGGAAAUAACAGGAAGCGUGAAUGGAGAACACAAAGGUAGGAGAUAUUGUGAUCUUGGCUGGAAGUUAUGGAUGCUUGAGGUGAGAAUCAGGUGAGGGAGUCUCGUCCAAGAUUUUAACAGAUACAAUUGUGAAAUCAGCAGCUAUGAGUCUCACUCUGUCUUCAUGCACAUCACAUUUAUGGGAGCAUACCAGACUGCCCCUACAAUGCCACAUUGUCCAGAGAUAAACCUAAAUCUAAAGUUUAGAUAACUUCACGGAUUAAACGUGAUGAAGGAAAUUUUGGAGCAGGACUAACAGAUGGAGACAAUCUAUAAAUGAAAUAUGUGUUUCAACAGUCUGACCAAAAAAAGCUCCCAACUUUGAGUGGUAUGGAUUGAUUGAAUGCGGAAGGAUUAUUUUUCCCAGUAUUUGUAGAAAUGUCACUCUGAUUUUCCUGUUAAAGCCAGGCCUUUUUUUUUCACUAGGUAUUCUGCUUUUUUCUCAAAACAGACUUUAGAUAGGCACUUUGAUUGUUCAGCUUUUUCCAACCUGAGUUUCAAUAUUUUUAAUAUUCUGAUUCUGAAACUUCUGUCAGGCAUUUUUUUAUUUUUAUUUUCAUCUUAAUACGUGAAGGAAAGGUGGUUUUUUAAAUGUAAAGCUUUCUACAUUUGAGAGGAAGGAAUCUCAGAUAUGCUUAACUAUUUGAUAAGACUAAUCUAAACUUAUCAAAACACCAUCUUGAAGGCUUUAUGGGUCAAUUUAGACAGGUGGUAACUUUUAUUAUAAAGUUGGUUUUAUACAGUAAAAUAGCAAUGUUUUUUUUGCCGCUCAUAUCUGAAGCUUAUAUAUUUGCUAAUGUAUGCAAGAAAUACUGUAGUAUUUAAACACCAAAGUCAAUAUUAUGUAAUGAAUAAUAUGUAUAUGAUCACUUCCAAACUUUGCUGUUCCACUUAGUUGUUUGCAUUUUACAAUUUUUGAUUUACUCAUGAAGAGUUUUCUGAGCGUGCUAUCAACAGUCAUAGCUGAAUGCAAUGUAAAAAUUACUCCUUCAGCAAUUUGGGUGAAGGGUGAAGGGGCAAAAACAGAGUUGUUGUAUUUUUACUAAAUGAAAAAUCCAUUUCCCCCGCUUCCCUUUUCCAGACCGUCUUAUUUAUACUUCCCGUGGCUUUGUCAUUUUGACUAGGAAAGAAGUGGAUUGUGUAAGUCUGGGAAUCCCUGACUCGGCAAAUUUCCUCUCGAAAAAAUAUUUAAUGUCAUUCUCUCUUUUUAAAAGUGCUAUCAUUUAAUUCAUACUUCGAGAAACCAGGGUUGUGAAGGGCUCUCCAUCUGCACUUUCAGACUAAUCAAGAUCUAUAAAUUAUUCAGGGUGGUCCCUUUUGGUUUUUAUUUUUAAAUAUUCAAAAUAAAUAAUAGAGCCAUUAUGGUUAUUGCAUUUUUUUUACAAAAUGUACGUUUAUUUAUCCCUGGAAGGUAACAGCUAGAUGUGACUGUUCUCAGUGUUUUUCUGAAUAUUAGCAGAGGUUGGUUCUGAAAGGCUUUAAAUCUGUCAUUGUUCACAGCAAUUUUCUGCAGUGCAACAAUAUGGUGACUAUUAAUUCACCUGACGGUCUUCCAGGUUAUUUGGAGACUUAGGCGUUCUGCGAACUUUUUCCUUGUGCAUCGUCGGUUUCAUUUUCCAGUCUGGCAAUGCUUGUCUCAUUCUACCAGGAAAAAAAAAAUUCUGCUUGAAAGAAAAAUACUUUUCCCAGAGGGAAGCAGGCUUUGAACGAUGCUUUGGGAAAACUGGUCCUUUUCUAAAUCAAAAUUGUAAUUUUUUACUUUUUGGGUAAGCAGCUGCACUAAGU